AUGGGCAAAGGGUGGGUCUUAGAGACAUUUAUCAUCCUGGCUGUAGGACUAGAAAUAACCAUGGGGCCACCUGUGGCCCUGAGGACUGCCUUCGUACUUGUGGUGGGGACCGGGACCUGGGGAGAUAGGGGUCCCAGGAGGAAGCUGCCAGGGGGCCAGCACAGUGCUCUGGGGAGAGGGGGCUCAGGAAGAGAGCAGGAUAAGAACAGCGAGAAGGAAGGAUCCCUGGGCUGGGAGGCAGGCCGAGCAUGGGUCAGCCAUGCUUCCUCCUGGCUGUGUGACCCUGGGCAAGUCCCUUCCCCUCUCUGUGAAACAGGAGGGUGA